GGUUGCCUGCGGGAUAGGCAUCCGCGAUUAUUCACGGCAGACCAGCGGUGUUAUUGUAGUUUUUUAAUCGUCUGAUUUUUUCAAUGUUUGUGUUCCUUUUCGGUGAAGAUGUCCCGCUCAGUAUACCGGAAUAACUGAUGACCCCUUAGCAAGCUAAAAGUGUGAUAUUUUUCAGAAUGCUGUAUAUUUCUUGCUUGAAUUGGCGAGAGUCGAUUACGUCUUUGUUCUGAGAAUUGAACAAAAAAUGUCUACCUUUUACUACUUAACUUAUAAAGAUUCUGUAUUAAGCUUUAUCUGAUUUUUCUAUAAUGAAAAACAAGUGGACACGCCAUUUGGAAGCUUCUUGCCUGUUACUUUUAUUUGUUCUUAUUGGACCGCAAGGAGGCAAAGCCAUGAGCGAUAAAGAGGUGCAGCAUUAUAGGGAAAAAGUGAAGUCCAUGUUUUACCAUGGAUAUGAUAACUAUCUCAGACAUGCCUACCCUUACGAUGAGCUUAAGCCCUUGUCAUGUGUUGGACAAGACACUUGGGGAAGUUAUUCCCUUACUCUUGUUGAUGCUUUGGACACAUUGUUGAUUCUUGGAAAUGCUAGUGAAUUCAGAAGAGUUUCAAAACUUCUGGCUAAUACCCUACGAUUUGAUCAAGAUAUCAAUGUUUCUGUCUUCGAAACCAAUAUUAGAGUUGUUGGUGGCCUAUUGGCAGCACAUCUCCUAUCCCCCUUGGCAGGCAUUGUAUUGGAAGAAGGUUGGCCUUGUGAUGGUCCCCUCCUGAGGCUUGCUGUACAAGCAGCCGAGAAACUACUACCAGCAUUUGACACACCAACUGGGAUGCCUUACGGCACAGUCAACCUCUUGUAUGGUGUACCAAAGGGUGAGACGCCCAUCACAUGUACCUCAGGGUGUGGUACAUUUGUCAUUGAGUUUGGGACCAUCUCCGCUUUGACGGGUGACCAGAGGUUUAUGGACACGGCAAUGGGUGCACUGGAAGGGUUAUGGAAUAGCAAGUCUGAAAUAGGCCUGGUUGGUAACCAUAUUGAUGUAGUGAGUGGCAAGUGGACAGCAUUGGAUGCUGGUAUUGGUGCGGGUGUUGACUCAUAUUUUGAAUACCUUCUCAAAGGAGCGAUCCUCUUUGGUGACCCAAAGCUUAUGGAAAUGUUUGAAGAGUUGUAUGGCUCAAUUCAGAAGCGCCUUAAGUUUUCAGACUGGUAUGUGUGGGCAAAUAUGAACAAAGGGUCCAUAACGAUGCCUAUAUUUCAGUCUCUCGAGGCCUUCUGGCCAGGGCUGCAGGUCCUUUAUGGUGAUAUCGGAGCAGCCUCUCGUACAAUAGAGAAAUAUCACAGUGUCUGGAGGGAAUAUGGCUUCUUACCUGAGUUCUUCCAAAUUGCAUCUGGGGUCCCAGUCAGCGGCCGCGAGGGAUAUCCUCUAAGACCAGAGCUUAUUGAGAGUGCUGUGUACCUGUAUCGCGCUACCAAGGACCCAUUUUUCCUGGAAAUGGGAAGAGACAUUGUGGAGUCAAUAGAAGCUAGUGCCAAGACACUGUGUGGAUAUGCCACGAUCAAGAAUAUACAGACACAUGAGAGAGAUGACCGGAUGGAGUCCUUUUUCCUUGCCGAGACUAUCAAAUACCUUUAUCUACUCUUUGACCAUGACAACAUGAUUCACCAUAGCAACGGCUCCAGAGCCACGCCUAUAAAAACCGCCGCCACAGCAUCCCCGUCAUGCAAUCCUGGCAUGGCUGGGUAUAUCUUCAAUACUGAGGCCCAUCCCAUUGAUGUCGGAGCGAUACAUUGUUGCACUGCACGUGCACAAACGUUUAUUCCAGAUGAUCUAAAAGAAAUCUUACAAAAGAGACGAGUUAAUAAAAUGACUAUGACCAAAGCAGAUGGUGAGAACAUUGAGGGUGUCAAUGGAAAGAAGGAUGGAUUAUUUAACAGUGCACAUGCAUGUAAGGCAAGGAAGUUCCAGAAGCGUUUAUCAGUACUGGGUGCUUUUCUAGAGGAAUAAUCUUCUCCAGGGAUCUUGAACUGUUGUGGUGGAGAAACCCUGCAUAGCAGCUGCCUUGUACCCAGGUGCAUCCAGUGACGUCUCGUGCAAAGGAUCAAGGGAAGGAAGAAAUGUUCUUUUAAACCUACUCAGAAUGCUUUGGGCGACAACCUCUGUAGCAGCUUUAUGUGAUUUUCACAUCUUUUACCAACUUGAGACGCCUGGGUACAAGGCAGGAAAAGAACAGCCAUCAAUACAACCUUACAUCGUUGUAUCCUAUCCAAGUUAGGACAAAUAGAAAAAAAGAUUUAUGUAUUGCUAUGCUAGAGUAAAAAAAAAGACUGGAUCAGCAAUUAUUACUAAAGAGGACCUAGUAACUAAAGGAAACUAGUGUCCAUUUCAAUAGGUAUUUCAACAAUUUUAUUUAUGUUAAUUUAAUCCUGUGUAAGCCGCCCUUAUUUCAUCCAUGCAGAAUAUCAUCAAGUGUGAGAAAACAUCCAUGUCUAUGCAUGAUAAAAAAAGCUGUCUCGAAUUUGUUAAA